UUAAUAUCGUUCAAGAUGGCUCAAGCUACUACCGGCAUCCGACUACAUGUCACUUUUGAAGUCAAGGACUUCGACAAGUUCUUUGAGUUGGCAAAGAAGUGCAUGGAGGCGACCCGCAAGGAACCCGGCUGUCUCCAUUACGAGUUGUUUCACGACAUUGCCGACGAGACCAAAACGAAGUUGGCCAUGAUUGAGCAUUGGGAGAGCAAGGAGGCACUGAUGGAACACGCCAAGAGUGCUCAUGUCAAGGAAUUCAUUGAGAAGACCAAAGAUUUGGCUCAAGCUGAGCCUUGUCUGAAGCAGUAUUAUAGCUGCGGAUAUUAACCCUUCAGACAUGAAAUACAAUCUUCGUAUUGACUUCA